AUGGAAUUGGAGUUGCAAGAAAACAUGAAAAGAAUUAUAAUUCAUAAUGGUCAUAAUGGCAAUAUUGGAAACGUCGUUGAUCAGAACAAUAACUGGAAAAGAACACCAUCUUUACCUUUUGAGCUUCUCAGUAUAGAAAUAGCACCAUUUACAUCAUCAUCGUCAUCGUCACAACCCAGUUAUAACAAUGCACCGCCAUUAUUAGACUAUUUAGCUUAUUUAAGACAAGUAGACUUUAAAAAAGUUUAUAAAGCAACUAGAUUUUGGUUAAAUUUGCCAAAGAAAAGUAUGGAGGAACCGUUUGGAAUUUCGGUAAAAAGGAGACAAAUCAAUCAAGCAAAUGCGAUCGUGAAAGAAUUAGGAAUAUUAUUUUUAAAUUUUGCUCAAAUUAAUAAUUUAACGAUUGAUAUUAGAGAUUUUGAUUAUGAUUUAGCAACAGAUAUUCAUGAUUGUAUUUCUUGGCCAACAUAUCCUUUACUUAAUCGGAAUAGUUAUUACAAUAGUAGUAAUGAGAAUAUUGAAAUUAAUGACGAGAACAUUGAACGUGAUAAUAGCACUAUUACUGUUAAUAAUACACAUAAUGCUAGUAAUGAAGUGGUAUUGAGGUCAGAAAUUCGAGAAUUUUUAUGUGCGGGACAAUUUGAUAAAGACAAAAUUUUAGAGGAAAUGACACCUAUAUGCAAAGAUAUUGAAAUCUUAAGUUUACAUGACUCUAGUGGUACCUCAUCAGAUUCAUUAGCAAAUUUUAUAAUGGUUCAAAAAAGAUUAAAGAAAUUUAUUUUAACAGAUUGGCAUUUGAACACUCAAAAUAUUUUCUCUGCUAUUGCAACACAAUCAAAAACCUUAAAACAUUUUGAAAUUAUAAAUUGUAACUUGCCAAUAAGAGUCGUUGACAAGAUAAAUGAAUAUAAAGAUUGGUUGUUUGAAAAUUUAACAAAAUGCCACAAAUUGGAAUUUUUAAAAAUAGAAAAAUGUCGAAAUUUAUCAUCAAUAGUAAUGGAACCUUUAGCAAAAGUUGGAUUAAAAAAUCUAAAAGUUUUAAUUAUCGACAACUAUAUUAACGAUUAUAAUGAUGAUGAUUGGGAUUGGAAUUUAUCAGAACUACAAUCACUAAUAAUAAAAUCACACGAUACAUUGAUUGAAAUUGAUUUAAAUGUAAAUUUAAAAAUUCAUACAAAUAUUCUAGAAACAAUUGGAAACAAUUGUUCGAAUUUAUCAAAGCUAAGUAUAGCAAUUACAGGAGACCAAGAAUUAAAAAAUUUGAUAAGAUUAUUUGAAAGAUCUUUGUUGAAAAAAUUGGUUGAAUUGAGAAUACAAAGAAAAAAGGAAACUUUUUCUAAUACCGCCUUAAGAAGCACUUCAACACCUUCAACGGUAUUUGAAGUUAAACAAUCCCUAAUUGAAUUAGGGAAUAGUUUACCAUCAUCAAUAAAAUACAUAGAAUUGAAUAGUAUGAUGUUUAAUUAUAAGAGCUGGGAAGAAUUUCUAAAUGUUUGUCCGACUUCUAUUGAACAUUUAGCAUUCAAUACGAUGCAGGAUCAAACUAAAUACAAGAAUUUAAUUGAAAAAUAUGCAAAAAAACAUGACAAGCGCUUAAAAUGCAAAGAUUUAAGUGAAUAUUCAUGGCUAUCACCAAAAUAUAUAAUGAGAGUGGAAUUUGGAAAGAAGAAACAAUUUUUAGAAGGUUUCUUAUCGUUAAUUAGAUUUGAUGGAAAAAUUAAACCUUACAAAGAAACUGUUGAUAUAAGAGUAUAUGAAGAGCUUCAUCAAUAUCAUCUUACUGGUAUAUGGUAA